AUGACUACUAAUGAUGAACUUAUUCAAUAUUUUGGACCAGAAGUAUCUAAACCAGAAAUAACUUCUGCACUAAAUAAUCUACUUAGGUUGUAUGCAAUCACAGUUGAAGAAUUAUUUAUAAAAUGGGAACAAUUCUCCCAGAAUGAGAGACAUGAAAAUCAAACUGCCCUGACCGUAGCCAAUAUUGAUCAAUUUAAAAAAUUUUUGCAAGCUAAAAUAGAAAAAUAUGCUAACUCAGUGGGUGAUCGUUCUUUUAAUGGUGGUUUAAACAAUGAUAGUGUGUCAUCUUCUAUAAACAAAAAAAUUAGGCCUGUUAGAGUACCAAAUAGUAGUAAUGGUUCAAUGUUUGGGUUUAGUUUACAGAAAUCGCCUAUGGUCACUAAAAAACGUAAGGUAGAAGUAAAAAUAGAACAUGAUAAAAGUAGCCAAUUAGAUUUUAAAAGUGAAGGCGAUAAUUCUUUUAAUUACGACACAGAAGUGAAAAGUGAAUCCUCGGUUCAACUAUCUUCCACACCAAGUACACCUUUUAUGUCAAAUUCAAAAUCGUCUAAUGUUGUUUCAGGAAGUAUUCUUGAUUCAUUAAAUCCCCAAAAUAUGGAAAUUUCCCAAGGGUUGCUCAUUCCAGGGGAGAAUCCAAAACAGCACAUAAAGAUUCAACCUUAUUACGACCCAUCAAAGUAUAAAUUCAGAACGAUGAGACAAAAACUGGUAGAUGUAUCGGAUGUACUAGAUGAGCAAAUUGAAAUUGCAACCAAAUUAAUACAAGACCAUUAUAAAAUUUCACCUACAAGCUUUGGUGAUCCUACAAUUCAGUCGCAAAAUGAAGUAUAUGCUGUGGGUAGAAUUGUUCCAGAUUCUCCAACAGCAGAUGGAUUUCUAAAUAUUCAGUCUUUAUCACUAGAAACAUCUCGGAUUGGCGGUGUGGGAAGAAGGAUAAGGCUUAAUUUUGAUAAUAUAGAAGAAGUAUCUUUAUUUGCUGGACAACUCGUAGCAUUUAAAGGAAAGAAUGCUAAUGGGGAUCUUUUUUCAGUCAAAGAAGUCUUAAAUCUUCCUUACCCAGAUGCUCCUGUGUCUAUAGAAGAAGAUAUUAUUAAUUAUAAAGAAUUGUUAGAUAACAAUUCAUCUAAAAUUGUUAUUACUUCAGGGCCAUAUAUAGCGGAAAACUCUUUUGAUUUAUCUCACCUUAUAAAUUUUGUUGAAAGGAUAAACACCGAUGUGAGACCACACGUUCUAAUAAUGUUUGGCCCAUUUAUUGAUGUUACAAAUGCCAUGGUGAUGAACGGUACCAUCCCCGAAUUUCCUGAAUUGAAAAAUCAGCCAAGAACUUUAGAUGAAUUAUUUACAAAACUUAUUGUACCCAUAUUGAAAAUGAUUGAUCCAGCAAUUCAAGUUAUAUUGAUCCCUUCUACAAGGGAUGUAAUCUCUAAUCAUGCAUCAUAUCCACAGGAUUCUUUUGAUAGAAAGUCAUUGCAAUUACCUAAAAAUUUUAAAUGUUUCACUAAUCCAUCAACUUUUCAAUUAAACGAAAUAUAUUUUGGAUGUUCAAAUGUUGAUAUAUUUAAAGAUAUGAAAGAGAUAAUUAAGGGUGGGAAUACAUCUAUGCGUAAUAGAUUUGAUAGAAUUGCUGAACACAUACUUCAACAGCGUAGAUUUUAUCCGUUGUUCCCAGGUGCGAUCCGAAAGAUAACUAUACCUUCGGAGGAUAGAAAAGUAUAUAGACAUAUAUCUGGUGCAGAUUUAGAAGUAUCCUAUCUAGGUUUAACUGAAUUUGUUGGUAAUACUGCACCAGAUGUGGUUAUUAUACCAAGUGAAAUGAAUCCUUUUGCUAGAAUCAUUAAGAAUGUUUUGUUUAUCAAUCCUGGAAGGUUCAUCAAGGCUAGAGGUGCAAAAGGCACUUAUGCUCAAAUAUCUACAUCAUGCCCUUCGACAGAAGGAGAUAGCCUUACUCGAUUAGAUGGAGAUGAGAUGUUAUAUUUGCAUAAUGCAUGGAAACGUUCAAGAGUUGAUAUUGUGACCAGUUAA